GCGGAAGUGUUCAGCAGGUGCCACAGGAAGUGUGUCCAGAGGAAUAAGAAGAAGCUAACGGGAUUUAAUUACAGAAAGCCGCUCGUUUAUCCCAGCGAAAGUAAAACAGAAUAAGAUCUAAAAUGAGUGCUGCUGUACCCAACCAUCGGAGGACCAAGCCCGGGGGCAUAAAACCCGGGGUUGUGAACACAGGCGUGACUGGACCGUCCUCCCAGAUCCCCGGUCUGUCCCAGACUGAGCCUGAAAACACCUCGGUGGAGAGGAUCAGCGGACGGAGAGUGGGGAUAUUUGAGUCGGACUCAGACUACGUCAAGCUUGCAAAAAGCGGUGGACACAAAGGGCUGUUGAGUCAUGACGUUGAUUCUGACGAAAAACCGAAGAAGCCGUACAAUCCUCCCAACUGGUUCGGAGGCGAUGAUUCAAAGAGCGGCAGCAAAGCAACGUCUCCCAACAGCCAGAUGAAGUCGGGCUUGCAGCCUCUGGCUGCACCGUUUGGCACUGAUAACGGUUCAACCUGGGAGACUGAUAGAUAUUCUCCUCGUAGAGAUAAGAUUUCUCCUGAUGGCAUCACCGGUCAGAUGGAGGGUCUGGUUGUGACCAACAAAUACAAGAGAACGUCUUAUGAUAAGAAGGCUCCUCCAGUUAGCAUGUCCAAACUGCUGAGUCAUGGCUACGUCGAGGACAAGAAGAAGUCUCCUAAUGAUGACGAUACCUCAAGUGUGACCUCUGAACAGACGAGCACCAUCAUGACGGAGGACGUGGAGGACGACCUGGAGUAGUGCUCGCGGGUCCUCGUCUCAAGGGAAAGGGGGUCCACCUAACACCGGUUCAUGGUUUCACAAACCCGCGAACGCACCGCUCCGCCCUUCUCUGAAUUCACUCACAUUAACUGUACAUCCACUGACUGUUAGUUUUGUACUCAUGUUUAUGCAAAGGUACUGUCCUCUCUAUUUAUUUGCUUUGAUUUGUAAAGAGAAUUCUCUGAUUUUGUUGGGUAGACGUGUCGGUGCUCAGUGUAAUUUUUGUUUCUCAGUUGCUCGAUUUGAAAGACGAAUUGUGCGCAGGGAAGAGAACUAACAUUUCAGAUCCACAGAAGCAUGAUUUGAGUGACUUUUCCACCCAGAAUGAUGCUUCAUGGUUUAAAUUGACUUAAAUUUGACUGGAGUCGAGUGUUAGUUUCCCUCCCUGGUUGUAUGAAGAUCGAGUUCUCGAAGUAUUUGUGCUAUUUCAACGUGGUUCAAGUGACGUGAAAUAUGAUUUGUUAUGAUCAAGGGCUCCUGCUCUGUGAAGGGACGUCGGAGGUUUGUGUUUUCUCGGCUGUGGCGGUUUGAUCGAUCGUUCAUCCAGAUGGCAACUCUGCAGCUGUGACCACAUGCCAAAGUGCAUACUGACAGCCACAGACGGCACUGUUUAGUUUGGUUUAAAGGGGCCAAAAUGAUUUUUCAGGUUCAGUUCUGCAAAAGUUGCCUUUCUUCACUAUUUCCUGGUUAAUUCUGUGCCAUUUUAGUCUCUUUAAUCGAGAACUAGCAUGUCUGUAACAGCCAUAUAUUUGCUAGUUUCCAAAAAAUGUCUGAAUUCAGGAGACACUGCAAAGCUUUUUAUUGGUGUUAAUUCAUUUGGAUGCCUGUCAGCUAACUAAAAACAAUGUAUAGUGUUAAAUUUCAGUCAAAAUAUGUCAAAAAUAGUGCAUCGAUUACUAAAAUUGGGUCUAUUAUGCAUGUUAAAGAAUGUAAUUGUUGUUUUAUUUGCAGCCAAUGGCCCAAACAUGGUGAAAUAUAUACAGAAAAAGACCAAAAAAUGGAAUUAGGUGGGAAAAUAACUAUCUUUUGCAGACCUACAAGCUGAAAAUCAAACCCAUUGUCAUUCCCUGUGAAGAUUAACACAGACCAGUUUUAACAAUGUGAGUUCUGAACAUGCCAACCAAGCAGUUUGUCCCUGCUCAUGCAGUGUUUUUGACUUUGUAGACAUCAAUAGGAGAACGUAGUGUUAGUGCACGGCCCACUCACACCAAAAAACCCUUCCAUCUCAUGACAUUUGCUUUUUAUCAAUCAGAUCGGCGUUUAUUCUAAUCAGAUGAAGGAAAUUCUGCAGCAUCGUUUUUGAAGAGGGAACCAGGCAACGUUUAAUUUGGUUGCUUUUGCGUAGUUGAUACCCAGUGUUUACAACCAUCGUUUAACCGUGAAGGGGAAAAAUUACCAUGGAAAGCAUUUUUAUACAUAGAUAUUGUCUAAAAUGAUCAUUUAUUAGGUGUAUGAACUCGUAAAACAGAGUGGCUCAUCAGGAUACUUUGGCAGAAUGGCCAAGAUCUUUCAUAGCAAAUGCAGGCAUGAUAGAAUUUGAGUUAAUACCUGCAGUAUGUGUUUGCAAACACAAACCCUGCAAAAAGGGAGUCAUAUUCUGUAAAAUGCAGCACAAACUUACCUUAACCAAUUUGAAAACCUACUUAAACGGCAUCUGCAGGUAUUGAAAAGUCUUAAAACUCACUAAACUCUGAUUAAAAGUCUUAGCGGUAGAAUUUGUUACAUUCCGGCUGAUUGCAAUGGUCUUCAGAGCGAGAGACAUCCUUGAUUUUUACACAAGUGUAACUGUACUUCAAAUUGCUGUUCUGUUGCUGUACCUCAUUCCUAUUUUGUGCUGCCUACUUGAGACGUCAUGAUAAAUCUCUGCCAUUGGCUGCACGCUCUGUCGCCCCAUUUGUCUGGACUGUUGUCCAGUCUCUGGUUGUUAACGUUGAAGACUGAGGAGGUGGAAUAGCAGGAGAUCACUCCAAUAACUCCAGCUAAUCUGGACGUCAUCUUUUGUUAUUGUUUAAGCUUUAAAUAUCAGACUGGCUAAAUGCAUCUGCGUUUCAGCUGCGUCACGGCUUAAAUGUCAUUUUAGCAUGCCUGCUAUCCAAUCAGGACUUUCAGUCUGACUAUAUUUCCCAUGAGUGGCAUGCAUCUCUUGGACAGGAAAACAAUAAAUAGAGAGCUUUAUUUACCUUGUUUGAACAUCAAACAUGUUUGCAAUGCUGGAACAUGGAGCAAAGAUAUUCUCUAAACUUCAACUGUUGCUAGAGCUGUUUUCACAUUGAUAGAAUAUGCCACAGGGAAGAUAAACAUGGUGCAAGGACACUUCUGGUUUGUGCUUUUCAAAGUAAAAGCCCUAUUACUUUGGAGAAUCUUACCUCAUUUGAUCAGAAUGCUUUUAUUUCGAGGUUUUCCUGGCUAAGUUGUACAAUGAAUCAAGUCAAUUGUAGGGAGAUAUAUUGAGGUAAAACUUAUGAAGAAUCUGAAUAAACACAAGAUACUUGUUAUCUUCCUAAAGGAUCAACGCUCAGUGAAGAAAUCCAAAAUCCAUUUACCAGCACAGCCUAGGCAGCGAUGCUGAAAGACAGGUCUGUGGCAGCAGGAAGACAUGGCCAUCAUGCAGCACAUAUGUGCAAUGUAUAAAAGAUGUGACCGUGCAAUCUAGAGCAGCAAACAUGCACCCAGUCUGAAUGGAUUGUGUCUGAAAAUACUGAAAAAAACCCUUCUAGUUUUCCUAAUUUCAUGAAAAUAGGUUAUAAAACUGUGACUAAUGUGGCUCUGUUUAGCUCAUGAAGUCUUAAUUCAUCUUGGCAAACCGGCAGAACCUCUCUAACAAAUUUUUGACAGGUUUCACUUCAUUUGUUUUAUCAUAAAGUGAAAUUUAGAGCUUUUUUGUCCUGACUCCAAAAGUUAAGUGCAGGAGUUUCUAUUUUGAACCUGCACUUGAAUAAAGCAGUAGAAGAGGAGGCAGAUAAGAUUAUAUUUUUAUGUUUGGAUGGAGGAGACGGAAAACACAAACUGGUGAGACUGUCUGCUGUUGAAGUGCAGAUUUUAACACUUCUCCUGUUUGCUCUGUGAAUUUUUACACUUACUCAAUUUUAGUUUGGAUCUCAGCUCUCAGAGUUGGCCGAACGACACCGAAACUCCUGCUUCAAAUUUCUGCUCGUUUUCUUGCCUGUGUGGCUGCAGAAUAAAUUUGCCUGUCAGGAUAUCUCUGAAAAAAUGUAAUGGAUUCCUCUGACAUUUGACGGACAGCUCAGCCCUGACUCAUUUGAACGGUUAUUAUUUCCGAGGCGUAACCGUGAACCCGACGGCGACAGUGAAAUCCUAAUCCUACAGGGACAUUUGUCAGGUGGAGAAAAUGCUCUUAAAAUGAAAAAGGAUGGGGAUGAUUUAUUUGGGUAUAACAGCCAGAUUAAAGCAGCAAGCUUGUCCCCGUAAAUCCCAAAAAUUCAUCACCUUCAACUCGAAAAAUGAUGCUGCAGAAACCGACUCUUACUCCAGACGUGUCAUGUUUCAUGUUUAGGGUUGUCAUCGUUUCCCCACACCAUAUAUUUAAUGCAUAUUUUAUCUUUAUUAUGUGGUAUUUAAGGUGUUUUUAGACGCUUUACUGUGUUUAGUGACACUGGAUUUUACUUUGCAGUACAAUGAAUGGCGAAUGUAUCGUCUUUUUUGGAGAACGGGUUUAUUUUUAAGAGCUGUUAAUAUUCAGGUACAGUAUUUACAGUUACAAAUAGUGUUUUUGUCCAGUUUUUCCAGGUGUUAUAUAAGUUAUCAGACAAAUAGUGGAAACUCUCUCGAAGAACUCCCUGAAGUCUUAUGUCCUACCUUUUUUUGCUUUCUUCAUCUGCAAGUGGGUUUAAAUUUGAAUAAAAGUGCACCAGAGAGGACUGAAGAAGGCUGGUUUAGACCCGGAGUGAGGAGAAAUCCACAGCUCGAUGUAAGAUCCUGCUUAUCUUGACAACUGUACACUCUUAAUUAUCAUUUAAAUAAAUGGGCAUGUGCA